AUGAAGGUGAUAGCUUUGGUCAGUGGGGGCAAGGACUCUUGCUACAACAUGCUACUCUGCAGACGGUUUGGGCAUGAGAUCGUUGCUCUGGCCAACCUGCUGCCCAUGUCUCCUGACGUGGAUGAGCUGGACAGUUACAUGUUCCAGACAGUGGGACAUCAUAUCAUUUCAAUGUAUGCUGCAUGCAUGGGCCUGCCUCUCUAUCGCAGGCGCAUCAAAGGCGCCUCUGUCCAGCAGGGUCUGGUGUACACUGUGACAGACAAGGACGAAGUUGAGGAUAUGCUGCAGCUUCUGGCAUUUGCAAAACAGGAACACCCAGAGAUUGAAGCUGUCUCCAGUGGCGCAAUUGCGUCUGACUACCAGAGGCAGAGGGUGGAGCAUGUUUGCGCACGGCUCAAUUUGGUCUCCCUGUCAUACAUGUGGCACCAGCCACAGCGGCAGCUGUACAGCGCAAUGCUUGAAUUUGGCAUCAAGGCGAUUUUGAUCAAGGUGGCGGCCAUGGGGCUUGAGCCCCACCUGCACUUGGGGAAGGACCUUGAGGAGAUGCACUCUCACCUUAUAAAGUUGGAGAGGCUGUAUGGCUGCAACGUGUGUGGGGAAGGGGGCGAAUAUGAGACCCUUGUCCUGGACUGCCCCUUGUUCCAGCAUGCCUGCAUUCAGCUUGAUGCAUCGGACUGCUGGAUUCUCAUGCCCUGA